UGGCGCCAAAGAAUUCAAAGCAAUUCGUAAAAGAACAUUUCUUCUUCACAGACUCUAAUUCAUGUAUGUAUCAUUGUAAGUAAAGUGAAAACCGAUGGCGGAUUCGCAGCCGGAGUCCAAAGUUUUCAGUGUUCGAAUUGUCUCCAUCGAUCACUACAUGGCGCCGCCAAUUCCUGGCUACGAUAUUUGCUACAGUAGCUUUCAAGGCGGGAAGGUGGACGAAGUGCCAGUUAUAAGGAUUUAUGGAUCAACACCAGCCGGCCAGAAGACAUGCUUGCAUGUUCAUAGAGCUUUACCCUAUUUAUAUGUCCCAUGUGCUGAUAUACCUCUUCAAUCAGACCAAGAAGGUGAUGCAUAUACGAAUGCUAUAUCUCUUGGAUUGGAGAAAGCCUUGAAGCCAAAGGGUAAUUCUGGUUCAAAUCGUCAGCAUGUUCAUGGUUGCAGCCUUGUACGAGCUAAGAGAUUUUAUGGUUACCAUUCAUCAGAAGAGCUAUUUGUCAAGAUAUACCUCUAUUAUCCACAUGAUGUCUCUCGUGCUGCUAAUCUCCUUCUGGCAGGUGCAGUUCUUGAUAAGAGUUUGCAGCCCCAUGAAUCUCAUAUUCCCUUUCUUCUUCAGUUUCUGGUUGACUAUAACUUGUAUGGAAUGAGCCAUCUGCAUCUGUCAAAGGUGAAGUUCCGUCAUACAGUACCAGAUGUUUUUUCUCCAAGGAAAUUUAAUUACGAUAAUCAACAUUUAAAGGUGAUGGAUAAGUGGACACAAAAAAAAAGCUGAUUUUCAGGCAGAUUGGAGUGAAAGUGCACCUUUAAGUUCUCCAUUCUGGGAGUCUUCCAAAAUUCCAGGUGAUUGGUUUUGGCAGUUUUCCAAUGAACUUGAUGGUUCAUCUGAUCAAAGCGUUCGCUGUAUUAAACGUCAAAGUGUAUGUGAGCUUGAGGGAGAUGCUACAAUAGAUGACAUUGUUAAUCAACAAUUUAUAAUGUAUACAUCUCUCUCGCAAACCCGUUCUGAUGUCAAAAUGGUCCAGUCACUCAUUCCAAUUUGGGAGGAAGAGUAUGAACGGACUGGGAUGUGUGAAGCCGCUAUGCCUCCUGAUCCUUGCAAACCACUUGCUCAGGAUGUUCUGAAAAUUCUCUCCCUGGAUCUUAAAUGUGAGAAUGUACUUACGGAUUUGUGUGGUGGAGGAGAUGAAGUUAUUUCUUCAUUUGAGAAUGAUGUGAGAGUUGUGAAAGUGUGACAAAGUAACCACCAUCACCCUGUCUCCACAAAGACACUAAUUGGCUAUAAUCUCAAUUUGCUCCAGAUCAUGCUCUAUCAGGUUACCUCUUACUUUAAGCCCUUCAAUCUCUUCAAUUGUAGCAAUAGCUUGUUCUGGAUUCUCCUCGUUUUGGGUCACCCAAGUGAUGAAGAUGGUAGGAAGUGAUGAUGGUAGAGUGUGAAGA